AUGGGCUCCAACGACAUCCUCCCACUCCACGUCCCUUCCCACGUCAAGCCAACAUGCUACGUCCUCCUCCAAUUCGGCGGCCUGCUCUGGACCCUCUGCUACGCCCUCUACGUCCGCGAAUCCCUGAAAUCAAAAUCCUACGGCAUGCCUCUCUUCGCCCUGGCCCAGAACUUCGCCUGGGAACUUGUCUACGCCGUUUACGUAGCAGAAUCGCCUCUAGAGCAAUCCGUCUUCACCCUCUGGCUUGUCUUCGAUUUGGGGAUGAUUUAUGGAGUUGUGAAGUUUGGAAAGUAUGAAUGGAAGCAGAGUCCUUGGAUUGCGAGGAAUGUGGGUGUGGUAUUGAUCGUUAUGAUUGGAGUGGCGACGUUGGGGCAGUGGACGUUUGCGAAGUGGUGGACUGAGAACGAGGUGGGAAGGAAGGAAGGGAAGCCGUACAGGGGGAGGAUUGGGCCUGGUACUAAUGAGUUGGGGGUUUGGACGGCGGCUGUGGCGCAGGUUUAUCUGAGUGCGGCGAGUUUGUGUCAGUUGGUCGUGAGGCAGCACUCCGGGGGUGUGAACUGGACUUUCUGGGCCUGCAGAAUGUUUGGAUCAAUCUCUGAAUUGUAA